AUGCUGGUUGUUGCACGCGCUCACGAGCUUCUCGUCGCUGCCACCGGGGGCGAGGCACUGGUCCUCGAGCAGGGACAGGACGGACUUGCCCUUCGCGCACAGAACAUCGAUGAUGGCGGCGUUGCUGGUGUAGUUGAGCUCGGGGAUGGGAAUGCCCUCCGACUUGUACAACGCACCCUCGCGCUUGAACACGAUGUCGACGAAGUUGGUCUGAAGCAUCUCGUUGGUGAUGUUAAUGAACAGCUGCUCGAGCGAGUUGUUCUUGAACACCUCGAAACCGAAAAUGUCAAGCAUACCAAUGAAGUUCUUGAAGCCGCCCUGAGGCUCAAUGGAGCGGUUAAGGUUGCGGAUCAACCACAGGAACAAGCGCUCGUACAUGGCCUUGCAAAUACUCGAUUUGAGGACCUCAGCGUCGCUCUGUUUGCGGGGACCGCGGAUCUGGUUGUUGCCGGCGCUGGUCACCUUGAUGGUGAACUCAGUCUCAAGCUGGUUGGGGUCCAAGAACAUCAGCUGGCAAGCAUCGGUGAACACGGACUUGUUCACGAUGGUGGCAGCGUCGUCAACACCUUCCACGGUGGUGGCGCCUAUCUCGACGUUACCCAUCAACAGGAUACCGGACAGCAACGAGUAGAUGGUGCCGAUCUGGUCCUCACUCAGGCCCAUGUUCUCGAAGGACUGCAUCACCUCCUUGAAGUCAGCGACAUCGUCAAUACCGGGCACGUCCUGGCACUUCGGGUUCAGGAACUUGUAGUCACUGAUGCCCAUAAGCUUGUAUUUGCUCUUAAUCUCAGGGCUGGCACCCUUCAACAGCUGGUAGAAGAUGUGGUACGAGCGCUCAUCGGCAUCCUGGGUGACGAUACGGGACUUCUCCAGCAAGAACGCAACAAUGGAACCGUAACGAAUACCACCCUCCUCAGCAACAUCGAGCUGCAUGAAACGACCGAAACGCGACGAGUUGUUGUUGCGGAUGGUCUUGGCGUUACCGAAGGCCUCCAGCACAGGGUUGGCAGCCAUGAUGGCGGUCUGGAUCUUGCUGUUGCUCUGUCCAUCGCUCUUGUAGGCGAAGUAUCGCAUCAUCUGCUUGGUGGCCUCGGUCUUGCCGGCACCAGAUUCUCCAGACACGAUGAUGGUCUGGGAGUACUUGUAGUCGUAGACAUUCUCCAAGGCGCGCCUGGCAGUCAAGAAAACGUGAGGAGCCAAUUUCAGUGA